AUGGCUCCUAAUAAUAAGAAAAUCAAAGGCAAGAGCAAUGUGGGUAAAGGCUCAAAGAGUAAAAAAGGCCAACAGACCAGAAAGACCCCAACUUUGAAGCAGAAAUUGCACCGCGAAUCAAAAGUAGUGAAGGCAGAAAGUUUGAAUUGGAAGACUGUAGAGGUUCCCGACAAUUUGGAUGACUGGGAAGGCUUUUACGGUUUGGAAGAAAUUGAUGGUGUAGAUGUGAAGAUUGUUAAUGGAAAAGCUGAAUUUAUUGUGAAGGACAAUAAGAAAGUAAAAAAGGGUAAGACAGAAGAACAAGAAGAAUUGGAGGACGAUGAAGAACAAGACGAAGACGAAGAACUGGAGGCAGAUGAAGAGCAAGGAGAAGAUGAAGAUGAAGACGAAGAACAUGAAGAAGAUAAAAUAAACGAAGAGAAUGAAGAUGAAUUUGAAGAAGAAGAAUUCACUGGUUUUGAUGAUGACAGUGAAAUUCAAGAUGGCAUGGAAGUGGAAGAUAUUUUGGAUGAAGAUAUCAACGAAAUCGGAGAAGUCGACGAAAGUGUUGAACCAGUUCAAGAAAGCAAACCUGAACAUGACGAAGAAUUGUCGGAGAAUGUUUUCCAACAUUCUCAGUUUGUCUUACCAGACGACGAAGACAUUAACCUUCCACACUGGCAAAAUGAGGAUUCCAACUUCUCGUUAUCUCCUUACACUUUGCAUGGUUUGUCAGUUCUUGGAUUCGAUAAACCCACUCCAAUUCAAAAGAAAACCAUUCCUUUGGCAGCAGAAGGAAAAGAUGUAGUAGGAAAGGCUAUCACUGGUUCCGGUAAGACUUUAGCCUACGGUAUUCCGAUCUUGGAAAAGUACUUGUCCAACCUCUCUAUCAUUAACCAGAAUAGACAGAAGAAGAUUAUCAACCAUCCCACUGGUAUAAUCUUCGCUCCCACCAGAGAAUUAGCCCAUCAGGUUGUUAGUCAUCUUAAUUCUCUUGCCAAAUACUCUCCUCUAUCUACUAAUGGUAUUGUAAGUAUCACUGGUGGUUUGUCCAUUCAGAAGCAAGAAAGAUUAUUAUCCCAUGGACCUGGUAUUAUAGUAGCCACUCCUGGUCGUAUCUUAGAAUUGCUCCAGAAAGAUGAAGAUCUCACAAAAAGAUUGGCUUCUACUGAUAUCAUCGUAUUGGACGAGGCUGACAGAUUAUUACAGGAUGGACAUUUUGAGGAAUUUGAGACUAUCUUAGAUUUGUUCCGUAAGAAUAGACCCAAGAAUAAGACUUUUCCAUGGAAAUGGCAGACGUUGGUUUUCAGUGCUACCUUCUCCAGAGACCUUUUCGGCAAGCUCGACAAGAACCAGAAAUCGCACAAGAGGAAUUCUGAAGGAAGUUCGUUAAUCGGUAACGACGAAAUCUUGAAUUUGCUUAACGAUAAAUUAAAAUUCAAAGAUACCAGACCGGCUCUUGUAGAUGCUAACCCUAAGGAAAUCGUGUCAGGUAAUAUCACAGAAGCUUUAGUUGAAUGUGGACCAACUGAAAGAGAUCUUUACUUAUACUACUUCUUGCUCAUGUAUAAGGGAUCCACAUUAGUAUUUGCCAACUCUAUUGACUCUGUGAAGCGUUUGGUACCUUUCCUCAACAACUUGAAUAUCCCGGCAUUCGCCAUUCACUCAUCUAUGAUCCAAAAACAGAGAUUGAGAGCUUUGGAAAGAUUCCAGAAGGCCAGCGAAAAGAACGACACUGCCGUACUUAUUGCUUCUGAUGUUGCUGCUAGAGGUUUGGAUAUUCCAAACAUUGACCAUGUAGCUCAUUACCAUUUACCUCGCUCUGCUGAUGUCUACAUUCACAGAUCUGGUAGAACUGCCAGAGCUGGCAAGGAGGGUGUUUCUGUGAUGUUCUGUUCUCCACAAGAAGCUUCAGGACCUCUUAGAAAGUUAAGAAGAUUGGUGGCUAACAACUCUACCAAAGGAGGUAGAUUAAACAUGCACAACGAUGUUAAGUUGUUACCUAUCGAAAUGGAUCUUGUUUCUCAAUUAAAACCAAGAGUUAUCAUAGCUUCCAAAUUAGCUGAUGCUGACAUUUCCAACACUUCCACCAGAAAGGAAGAUUCGUGGGUUAAACAAGCUGCUGAAGAACUUGGAGUGGAUGACUUGUCAGAUCUUGACGACUUUGAAGAUGAUAUUAUAAAGAAGCAGAGAAAGAGAAAAGAAGGAAAAAUGAUCACUAAGGAUGAGAAGAAGGGAUUGAGAUACGAGUUGAAAGAAUUACUCAGCAAAAGUAUUAGAAAGGAAACUAGAAGAUCUUAUUUGACCAGUGGAUUACAAAACAUUGCCCAUCAGAUGGUUACUGGAGUUGGCCAUGAGGAUGUUGUCGGCCAUUCAAAGGUCAAUGCUUUAGAUGACUUGAAGGGUAAGAAAGUUGCCAGGUCCAAAGCUGGUAAAGUCACCAAGCCAAGCCAGAAGAAGCAAGAAAAAAAGCAGAAAAAGCAAGAGAGAAAGGAUACGAUGAGAAAACAGAAAGAAGGAAAUAGAAAAUAG